UGUUUUUGCUUUUAAAGUCUGAUCAAUUUUUGCUUUUUUAGAAAAUUUCUACCAGUAAAUUCUUAGCUGUUAUUAUUAGAACAAGCAAUAACAGAGAUGAAAGACAAUGAAAGUUUUUUAAUGAAUGAAAGGGAGCUAGAAGAUCAAUUAAUUGUGUCAUCAGAUGAAGAAGUAAGUGAAGAAGUUAAAAAAGAGAUUACUAUUGAUCAGUUUCUUAAACAUGGUGGUGAAUGUGGUCGUUAUCAAGUUAUGGUUCAAGGAUGUAUAAUGUUUGCUCUGUUACCCAUGGUAUAUCCUAUUAUGAUUUUUUAUUACAUUGGUUACGACCCACCGUGGAGAUGUGUAUACAACAGCAACAAUAUUACUCAUAGUGUAGACUUUAAUAAAACUUGUAGCAAUUCAUCAAUGAUAUUUCCACAUGAUCAUAGCAGUAGGUGUGACUUGGAUAGAUCUGAAUGGACUUUUGAUUACCAUAAAACCACCUUGGUAACUGAGUUUGACUUGGUUUGCAAUAGGAAUUGGUUAGAUGCUUUAACUGGAUCAGUUGUGUUUGUUGGUUGGGGACUUGGUAUUAUUAUUAGUGGAUUUUUAUCUGAUCGAUAUGGACGCAAGAAGAUCUUAUACCCAUGUUUAUUCAUGGCCUUACUACUUCUGUUAUUCCAUGCAGUUGUAAAAGCAAUAUGGCAACUUCUUGUUAUUCGUUUUUUAAUGGGUAUUUUUUUUUCUGCCCCUGCUUUAAAUGGUUAUGUUUUGGUUGUUGAGUUGAUUGGUCCAAACAAGCGUGUCAUGGCAGCCACUAUUAAAGGCAUCAUAUGGCAAUUAAGCGCAUUAGUUCUGACUUUAAAGGCAAAAUAUAUUCAUAGUUGGAGAUUGCUUGUAUUGUUGUGUUCAGUGCCAUACUUAAUUGGAAUUAUCACUGCUUUAUGUGUUCCAGAAUCUGUUCGCUGGUUGAACUUGAAAGGACGAACAAAAGAAGCUGAAGCCAUUUUACGUAAAGCUGCAAAAUACAACAAAAAAAUCUUACCUGCUGUUUCUUUAAAACCUGCUGAGUCAGAAGAAAAACAUGGUAGAAAAGCUUCAUAUAUUGACCUGUUUAAAAGAUGGAAAUUAGCAAAAUCAGUGUUAGCACAAUCCUUUAUAUGGUUUCAAUGUGGCAUGACAUACUAUGGACUCAACUGGGCAUUUGCAGAUCUUGGUGGCGAUAUGUAUUCCAACUUCGUCCUGUCUUUUAUUGUUGAGUUGCCUGCAGUAUUUUUUGCGUGGUGGUUAAUGCAGAAAAUUGGUCGAAAGAAGACAUGUAUAUUACUGGGUGUUGGUACUGCAAUAGCCUGCUUUGGUGUUGCAUGCAUUCCAAAACGUGAAAACUUUAAAGCUCUUCGUUUAAGUUUUGGUUUAACAGGAAAAUUUAUGAUCCAUAGUGUUUUUUCAACUAUGUACAUGUGGUCUUCAGAAAUAUAUCCAACUGUGCUUAGAACACAAGGUAUGGGUAUAAACAUUGUGACCAGCAGAAUAGGUGCUGCUACUUCUCCGUUCAUUAAAGUCUUAGACCAGUUUCAUGUUGCUGCACCAUUUGCAUUGAUGGUUGUCUGUGCUGUGAUUGCCACCUUAUUAGCAUUGACACUACCAGAAACCCUAGGAAAACCAACACGCGAAACCUUAGAUGAUAUGAUAGACAAUGGAAUAAAAAUGCAUGCCUUCUAUGCACUUAACGAAGACGUAGAAUUCCACACUGAGUGUUCUCCUAUCCCAAGUGAUGAUCUGGACAUAAAACAACAAGAAGAGAUAGAAAGAGAUCCAUUGCUGGUACCUGAGAUACAAAUGAUACCUGCUACCUAAUACAUUUCAAACUACAGGCUGGAUUUUGCGAACUAAGUUUUAUUUAUUUGUAGCUACAGUAAAAUCUCAAAACUUUAAUGCAUUAUUUAAUUUAAUGCAUUUAUUUAUUUGUAGCUACAGUAAAAUCUCAAAACUUUAAUGCAAAAUUUGUAGCGUCUAUGCUUUUUUAAACAACAACAAAAAACAGAAACUUGAAAAAAUAUCAAAGAUGUUGAAAUCUUUGUCUAAUUUGAUAGUUGCUAUAGUUUACAUGUGAGAAAGCAUGGAUUUUUUUUAUAUAUAUAUUCUACCUUUUUUAUAUUUGUAGCAUGUUGACCAUGUCAUGUGUUUUGCUAUUGUGUUUAGUUUAUGCAGUAAUAAGUCGCUUUUGGCUCGUGUUAAAUUGACUGAAAAAAUAGGUUCCACUCAGCAAAUGUCUCAAUUGAGCAAGUCUCCUUGUAAGUGAGUCUUUAACAAAAGAAAAUGUUUCGCUUAUCAAUAGAUAUGACUUCUUUAGAAAUGUGAUUUUUUUCAGUGCAAUGUAUUUAAAUUCAAACUUUUUUUGUCUCCUAUCUUGGAAGUCAUUGCAUAUUGCAAGUCCCACUAAGGAGACGUUUUGGUUGUUGGAACUGAAAAAAUCUGUCCGACUGAGCAAAAGCCCCACUUAUCUGGGAUCGCAAUUAGAGAAAGUGUUAACGAUUUAAUUUAGUAAGAGAGUUCAAAAGACUGAGAAAUUUCAUGGCAGUUAAGAGAGAAAGGUCUAACCUAUUAAGGAUCUCGCUUAACAUAGUAUAUUGUACUUUUAUUAGUCUAACAUAAUUAACUUUCUUUAACUAAUAUGAAUGUUUUUAUUAGGACUAGGAUUUUUUACUAUGCUUUUGAGUUAAAUAUAAAAUUAAAGCGAAAUAUUUUUGUUUAUUCGUUUGUGUACAGAAUUGUAUUUUUUGAUAAAUAUUUAUGAUGUAUGUAGUAUUUGCAUUAAAUAUUUUUUAAUAAUAUAUACUAUUUAGUAAGUAUUUAUAUUUAAUAUAAGUAAGUUAUUAGCAGUGUUGUACUCAACACCAUAUGUUAUAACUUUAAAUGUUUUUACAUUCAGUGAUUUAAUGUGUAAUGUUUUUAAGAUCUUUAAAAUGUUUAAUUAGACCAAUGCCAAUUUUGUCGCCUUAUCUUUUGAUAUUUAGGGAAAAAUCUUGUCAAGUAAUUUUUGAUGCUUCUUUCUUUGGAAAAGUCAAACAUGAGAUUUGUUUAGCCUGUGUAUUGUUUUAGAAUUUAGUGAUGAUAAUUUUUACCUUUUUGGGAGGUCUCUGGCUAGACCAAAAAAGGAAAAAUCAUGUUUUAACAUUAUUUAAUGUAUAUGGACAAAGGUAUCUUUAUUUUGUGUUGGAUGAAGACUUUUUUUGCAUAAUUAUUUUUGCUUAUUCUUUGUACUAUUUUUUAUGAAUGAUUUCUUUUAAUCGUCAUAUAAUGUAGGUAUAAUUAUUUAUUUAUCUAACCUAGAUUUGUAACAAUUUAUGUAACAUAUUUUUUUUGCAAAA